CGAAAAGGAAAAAUACAAUCAAAACGGUGAUUUGCGUUGCGUUGCGUUGCUCGUGUUUAUGACAGUCUAGUCGUCUUCUCCCUCGACUAGAGUAGAGCUGGGUUCCUCCUGCUGGAGAUUCGAAUCGAGUACGACGGCGUUUUGUAGUUCGGUAAGGAUUGAGGAUUGAGAAUGAGGGGUAUCAAGAAAGCAGGGUACGCCUGGGCAGUAUCAGCGGGACUCAACGCCGCUCUAGCUGCCAUAUCCGCAAAGCUUUUUACCUCUCAGAUAAUUAGGUAUGGGUCAGUAAUACUGUUCAACGUGACAAUGUGGGGAUGUUAUGUCAACAGCCUUAAAGCUCUCUCAUCUCUUCAAGCUACGGUGACCAAUUUCGCGACUAAUUUCCUCACUUCUGGUCUAGCUGGAUACUUUUUGUUUCAAGAACCAUUAUCAUUUCAGUGGUUUGCAGGAGCUAUGCUUAUUGUAGUUGGGGUCCUCAUCCUUAGUAAAUCAAGCAUUGAGAAGAAGGCUAGGACGGAGUAAAGCUUUCUGUCCUCAAUCUGUUUCUUUCGAAAGAGAAUCAAUCACAACAAAAUAUUUUUCUUUGUAAUUUAUGGGAAAACGGAAAGAUUAUGUAUGGGGUGGACAAAGUGUUAUGGUUGAGGCUCUUUAUAAAUCUAUAGUUUUCCACAUGUAUUCUGGAAAAAUCUAUUAUGACGAUAGAAACAUAAAGCAUUCUGAUUGCAUGGUCCAACUUCCUAAGACGAUCUAACGUUUUAAAUGAUAUAAUCAAGAGUGCACUGUUUAGUGUUUACUAUUAUUAUUAA